GGCACCAGAUGCGGGCGGCCCUAGGGGUGGAGCAAACAGCGGCUCCUCCUCCCGGAGGCUUCGCAGCACCUGGGCUCGCGGGAGCUGGGGCCUCGGGACCCAGGUGCAGGGGCGGCCCUGCCUGCCGGGCUCACCGGCGCCCCCGCGCGGCAACCCCAGGGACGAUGCUCUGCUUUCCGUGGAGGGCUGGCCCCCGGGGGAAGCCGGGAGCGCACCGCCAGCCGCCAGGGCAGAGGGAGACCGGCCCGCAGGCCGAGGCCCCCGCAGGGCCCGCCGCGGAGGAUCGAGCGGCCACGGUCAUCCAGUGUGCGUUCCGGCAGCUCCUGGCCCGCCGCCGGCAGGAGCACCGCAACUACCUGCAGCGCGUUGAACGGCUGGAGAGGGAGGCCUUCGUGGCCCUGGUGCGGAGGGAGCAGGAGGCGGCGCGAAGGCGGCGGGAGGCGGAGGAGGCGGCCGAGCGGCGGCGGCAGGAGGAUCGACAGCGCGGGGCGCGGCUGCGGGAGGCGGCCUUCGCCGGGGACCUGGGCGAGAUCAAGGCGGUCCUGCGGGAGGUGGACGAGCUGCUGACUCGCGAGGGCGUCGGCCACGACGAGGCGGGGUUGGCGCUGCGGCGGCGGGGGCGCGUGGCUCUGGUGGAGAGCGAGGACCGCGGCGGGAACACGCCGCUGUCGGAGGCGGCGGCCGGCGGGCAGGCCCUGGCCAUCCGGCUGCUGGCGGAGCAGGGCGCCAGCCCCAACAGCAAGGGCGCCUACGGCCGGACGCCGCUGUACCGGGCGGCCUUCGGGGGGCACCUGGAGGCUGUGGAGGCGCUUCUGGAGCUCGGGGCGGACCCCCGGGUGUACGCAGAAGACGGUAGCACCCCCGAGCAGGUGCCCUCCCUGGACGCCGUGGUUAGUGUGCUGAGGUCCUGGGACCUAGGCCUCACUGAGGCCAUGCUGCAGAGCAUGGAGGCCGAGCGGCAGCGCCGGGCCCGGGAGGCCGAGAGACAGGAGGCACAGGCCCAGCGGUGCGGCCGGGGGGGGAGGGUGGGGGUGGCGGCAAGGGGCGGCUCUGAGCGGGCUGUCCCCUCCCCCACCAGCCUGAAGUCCCGAGUGCAGCAGCUGGCUAAGGAAGGGCGGCGGCGCCACAGAGAGCUGCAGCAGGCCUACUGUGAGCUCAACCAGAGGAUCACGGAGCACGACAAGUGUGAAGGGAGGCGCCUGGGCCGCACUGAGCUCACGCUGCAGGCCAUCAAGGACGCGGAGGCCCAAGUGGACAGGCUACGUCUGGAGGCCCAGAAGGCGGAGGAGACGCUGGCCAUGGCCAGGCUGGAGCUGCGGGAGCAGACCCAGGAGGGGGAGGAGGAGGAGGAGGAGGAGGAGGAGGAGGAGGAGGCAGCGGCGGCGCCGGGGCUGAAAUGCCAGGUCACUGAGCUGCACGACGUACUAAUGAAGGAUGUGGGCGACCGCAUCCGCGCGGAUGGCAGGUGGCCUCUUGUCAUCGACCCUUCGGGCCAGGCAGCCACCUUCCUGCGCUACCAGGACACCAACUACGUGGACGCGGUGAACCCGGACCACUUGCGGCCGGAGAGGAUCCGGCUGGCGCUGCUGGGGGCGCUCAGGUACGGGAAGCCGCUGGUGUUCGACCUGCGCGACGUGGACCUGUUCCCCGCCGUGCGGCAGCAGCUGGAGGCGGUGCAGCCCGGCCUGGCGCAGGAGCUGCUGGGCCGCGGGCUCCUGGAGCGGGAGCGGUACCUGUCGCUGGUGCGGCCCGCCGACGGCCCCGAGUACGGCCCCGCCGGGUUCCAGGAGGCGCGCCUGCGGCACUUCCGCCUUCUCUUCAUCACCAGGGCUCAGCGGCCGUCGGAGGAGCAGCUGCGGGUGCUGCUCCCGGUGCGCGUGCAGCUGCCCCGCGGGGGCCUCUAGCGCCCGGCCCGAUAAAGUCAGCCCUGGGAUGCGGGGCCGUGACCCCCAGGACCGUACCUGCCUCCCACUGUGUGCAGCCACCCCGUGUGGGGAGUGGGGCGGGGUGUGCGUGGGGGCCCCGGAUGGGGGAGGGCCUGGGGGUUCAGGGUUGUUUCCGGCCCCCCCCCAGCCCAACCACCGUGAACCCCAGCCGUGGGGUGUGGGCAGGCAGACAGGAGGUAAAACGUAGUCAACUUUAUUCUUCUUAAACCACAAAA